GAACGCUGUGCGCCAAGCGACGGCGAAGGCGGCAGGACAGCUGCACGUCAUGGUGCACAAACUACUGCUGCCACGGCCGGCAGGGCCGGCACGGCGGGUGGCUAGGAGGACUGGAAAACAACGCCCACCUUCAGCAUAUUUGGCUCUUGCAGAUGGCGUGGCGGCGGCUCGAGAGGUGCCAAGAGAGGAAGUGCCACAGGAAGUGCGUGAGGAAUUGCAUGACGAAGGGCCAAGAGCCCUGCUGAUCCGCCCCAUGGAUGGCUCCGUCAGAUCAAAGGGGCCCUAUGGCCGUGGCAGAAAUCGUAGCAGUUUUUUUAGGAGGGGUCACAGUUUCACAGUUCCAGACAGAGUUUCGCAGUCUUCUGAAGCCAUGGCGGUUGCUGGGUAUGGCCUUCGAUUGACCACCUAUGGCCGUCUAUCAACCACCCCAGAUGAUGAGGCCCGAAACUUAGCUACUCCUCAAACCAGGAGAGAGGCUCGGAACGCACAUUUCCAUAGCAUCCAUAGGAUCCUGGGCAGGAUCGUGGGAAUCGUGGGAUCUCCGCAAUGCAAGCUGCUCCUGGUGUGCUUAGCCCUAGCUUUCGCUGUGGCCAUGGCGGUGAGGAACCUCCAAAUCAUCAAUGACCCGGCUCACCCAGAAAUUUUCCAAAAAUGGCUGCCGUGGUGGUGUGGGCCAGGCCUCACACCUGAGGCCUUGGUCUGGUCUGAUUGGACCCUGGCCAUCAUCCUCCCACUCCUUGGUGCCCUUGGCACGGCAUCCUUUAUCCUGCGCUUGAGAAGGUCAAAGAAUUUCAAUAUGGAAAUGAUUAGCCUCCUGGCGUCCCUCAUCAUUUUCGAUCAGCUCUCGGUGGAGGGGAGGUGGUAUGGCCUCGCCGAGGUGCCGCCCACUGAGGAGCUGCAGCUUAGGGUGAUUGAAGUGUCUUGGGUGAUGCACUUGGGUCUCCUUCUGUUGACGUUGUGGAAGCUGCGACUUCUUGGGUGGAGGAUGGCGGCAUGGUCUUCUUCUUUGACGUGGAGCUUUUGGUGGUGGCUUCGCACGUUGCCAGCCUUGCUGAAACUGGGAUGGACUCCGUGGAUCGGGGCAAUUAGGAUUGGCAGCUGGCCAUUUCUGAUCCUUGCCACGGGGUUGCAGGCAUGGGCGUUAUGGGCGGCGGCAGACGAAGCAUUCCAAUUUCGAGAGAUUCGGAAGAACUGGGCAGAGCAAGUUGAUCGAGAGGUCUUCUUUCUUCGAUGUGCUGCAGUUCUUAGCAUUUGGGAUUCAGUCUCUAUGCCACUAGCGGAGCAUUUCAUUGUUCCUAUGAUUGGCUUUGGCUGGCACCUCGCUUUGGAUGCCUUUUUCAUGCUUGUCACGAUGCACGUACUUGGAUAUGAGGCCGACACUCUGGACGAUAUAGGCGACAUGGCAAGACUCCAGGGCAAGCGAAUCGCUUUCCCAGGGAAGGUGAACCCAGAAGCCAAGGAUUGCAUUGUAAGCUUCCCGGGCAAGUAUAGCAAAGAGUGGGAUGAUGCGGUUAAGGAAGCACAGGGACAGUCAAGCCUCUGCAGCUUGGCCUGUGUUUUCUUAACCGAUAAGCAGAGCGGGCCCGGCGACCACGUUGAAGAUCCUGAAGGAUGCGGAAGUUGUUUCUGCCAAGCACUCUAUGGGAACGUGGAUCCAGCAGCCUACCUCAGCGCAGUCGAGGAGGACCUGACGGAACAAGAGUUGCUAUUCAAGAAAAGCGAUGCUGAGGCGAUGGGCCAGGUUCUCCUCAUUCGGCAAGCAGAAAGUGAUGCUUCCUGGACCGCGAGGAAGAAAGAAGCACUCCUGAAAGCGGCCGCCAAAUGCAAGGAGAACCGCUACCGCGCGCCCUGGGGAUGCCGUUGGUUUGCCGACUGGAAGGAGAACGUGGACAAAGCCGGUCAGCAAGGGCAAAAGUUUCACGUUUUCUACUUUGAAGGGAAAGUGGGAUGUGGGAAAAUCGCUUGGGAGGACCUCAAAGAUGAGACGAAACUGCAGGAGGUUCGCGAUAGCACGGGCCUAGGCAAGUCGCAAACCGCAGAAGUCGCAUGGUUAGAUCGCUUGCACAUCCCCUACGAGGAGCACGAUGUGGGCGACUUCUACAGAUUUAUUCAGCAACAUCAGAACAACAAUAGGCUGCGAUCGCGCCGGAAUGCGACUUCUGCGGCCGGAAGGGGUUGGUCCGUGUUGGUUCCCAUCUCGGGGCCCUCACAAGAAGUGCACAACUGCGAUCCUUCAGAACUUCUUCUCGCAAGCCGGAACCUUGAUGUUGAUCCGGCAGAUGAUCAGAGGGUUUUGGGAUGGCGCGCCAAGCGGGUCAUGGCACGCAGUGCCCGGGGCGACAAGUGCUCCUUGUGCGGCAUGGACAGAGCUUGUGACCUGGAUGCAACGGCUGCAGCCAGGCACAACGCCCACCACGACGUCGACGAAGUUCCACGCGACCCGAUGCUAUCGGAGCUGGGCCAUGCGCAGGCGGCGAGCCUGCGCAGUGUGCCUUUUGUGAGUGCUGGCUGCGAACUGCUGGUGGUGUCACCCUUGAGCCGCGCCAUUCAGACGGCCUCGGCCGUCUUCGGGGAGCUGCCGAUGUGCCGCACGGUGCUGACGCCGCUGCACUCGGAGAGUAGUGGAGAGUGA